UAGGAAAUAUAUGAGCCAAUAGCUUCAAGGAAGAAUCAAGUCAACAUGAUUUUAGAGCACUCAGUAAACUUUACAAAGUACACUUCGUUAUUAACUUAUAAUUUUUUUAUCAGAUUUACUUUGUAAAUAAUGAAGAUAAAACGCCCAACUAAUGGCUCGUUGCUCAAUAUCAUUAAUAAUUUUUAUAAGUUACUAUUUUUCAAGAGAUACAAAUCUGAGGGCCGUACAAAUUAGCUUUAGAAUGACAAACUCAGAGCACUUGAUAGUUAUCACAGAUGCAAGAGUGUGCAUUACAUUGACUUGGUAUAGAAUUUUUUUUUAAUUCUUGCCAUCAGUUCAGAUAACUUUGAUCGACGAUAGCAGAUCGAUAGUCUCUAUUUGGAGUCCGUGAUAUACGGAUAAUUCUGUUGGUUCUUUGAUCAACCAAUCAAUUGAUAUAUGAUAAUAUAAAUUUAAAAAACAAUAAAAAGCAUUCUGGAGAAACUGGAGAUUUAAAUUUUAUUUAAAUAUUUUUCGUAAAAGAGUUGCCAAGACUCUGAGAAAUGGAGACGACGGGUAUGAUGAUUGAAUCUCCGCCUACUAAUCAAGAGAGCAAAAAAUUAUGGCAAUAUUUGGCAGCAUGCUCAGCCAGUAUUUUAGCGAUCGGCGUUGGAAGUUCACUGGCAUGGACUUCGCCAGUGUUACCUAAACUCGCUGCGAAAGAUUCGUGGUUUCCGGUUAGUGAGGAUGAAGGUUCUUGGGUAAGCUCUCUGUUAGCUAUUGGAGCAAUAGCUGGAGCACUUCCUGCCGGCCCUCUAGCUGACAAACUUGGUCGUAAAAAAGCUCUCCUACUUCUCGCUGGACCGUUUCUUCUUUCCUGGGUGAUGAUAAUUUUCGCAAGAAACGUUUGGGUUCUCUAUACCGCUCGGUUUACCGGUGGUAUUUCUGUCGGGGCGAGUUGUGUCCUGGUGCCAACUUACAUCGCUGAAAUAGCGUCUCCAUCAGCUCGCGGUACUCUUGGAGCAAUGUUUCAAUUAUUUCUUGCUUUUGGAAUUGUUCUAACUUUUGUACUGGGUUCGACAGUUUCUUACACUGUCCUCGGAAUAAUUUGCGGGCUUGUCGAAGUUAUUUUCAUCGCAACUUUCUUCUGGAUGCCGGAAUCGCCGAUGUGGCUUGUGGGACAAGGGAGAAAACCUGAAGCCUCAAUAGCCCUCGGAGUAUUCAGAGGCGACGGCUAUGAUACCAGUGAAGAAAUAACUGAUAUGCAGAAAGAAGUUGAAGAAAACGCCACGAGAAAAAGUUCUGUGUUUGAUUUAAUCAAAACUUCCGGUGCCAGAAGAGCUGUCUUGGCUUCCUUUGGCACGAUGGCAUUUCAACAGCUCUCUGGAGUAAAUGCUGUCAUUUUUUAUACAGUCACAAUUUUCAAAGCUGCCGGCAGCAGUUUGAACUCUGAUGUCGCUGCUAUUAUUGUCGCUUUAGUCCAAGCGGUGAUGGCGGGUGUCGCGGCUCUCAUUGUUGAUCGAGCGGGAAGAAAACCUCUUUUAAUAUUUUCUUCGUCUUUCAUGUCCAUUAGUCUUGUUGCUCUUGGAUUAUAUUUUAAUCUGAAAGAUAGCGGCAAAGAUGUUUCUAAUCUUGGCUGGUUACCUUUAGUGUCUUUGACUCUCUUCAUGAUUGCAUUUUCUAUCGGACUGGGACCAAUUCCUUGGAUGAUUAUGGGAGAAUUAUUUACAACAGAAACAAAAGCUAUGGCUUCAGGAUUGGCUGUAAUGUUGAAUUGGUUUCUAGUAUUUUUAGUAACUAAAACAUUUCCAUCGAUGAAAGAAGGAAUAGGCGCUGCUGCAACUUUUUGGGUUUUCGCCGGCAUAAUGGCGGGUGCUACGGUCUUCGAAUAUUUAUUUGUUCUUGAAACCAAAGGAAAAACGUUACAAGAAAUUCAAAACGAAUUGAAUGGAAACAAUACCGAGAGACAAAGACGUUCCAAAAAGUAUAAAAAUAUCAAUCGGAGAUUACAAGAACGUAAAAGUUGUAGAUCACCGGCCCCCACUAUGACCACUACGGAGGAUUCGUCAAUGAUAGAGGGGCGAUAUAAAGAGUAUCAAUACGAAGCCGUGGCUACGAGUUUUCCUGUGUCACGUUCGGACUUUCACACUACCCUCGAUACUAAUCCAAACAAUAAUAAUUAUUCUGCAACCACUGAUUUUCACGAUAAACUUAAAACUGAUAAAAUAUCAAUCAACAGUAACAGUAAAAUAAACACCAUGAGCCACGAAAAAGGCUCGAAAUUACUUCAAUUUAUUGCAGCCACUGCUGCAAACAUCGCCGUGGUGGCUGGAGGCGCAAUGCUGGGAUGGACAAGUCCAAUUCUGUUGAUGCUCAAAGAACACCCGCCGAAUGAAGAAAAUCCUUUGGGUCGAGCCAUCAGUGAAGAAGAGGCAUCAUGGAUUGGAUCACUUACUCCAGUGGGUGCAUUGGUCGGCGGUUUUUUUGCUGGUUAUUUAGCUGAAACAUGGGGAAGACGGACGACGUUAUUGUCCAGCGUAAUUCCCGCGACCUUGGGCUGGAUUCUCAUUGCCACGGGAGAAACUGUUGAAAUUUUUUACGUCGCGAGGUUUAUUUUUGGAGUCGCGUUAUCUAUUUCUUUUACUGUUUUGCCGAUGUACUGCGGCGAGAUCGCAGAGACGUCGAUUCGAGGGAUACUUGGGUCCUUUUUGCAAUUAUUUAUCACCAUAGGUCUAUUAUGGGCGUACAGCAUCGGUCCUUAUGUCUCGUAUACGACUUUUUGGAUCACUUGUGGUGCAUUGCCGAUUGCUUUCUUUGUUUUCUUCUUCACUAUGCCAGAGUCCCCUUACUAUCUGGCGGCGAAAGGUCGGAAGGAGGAAGUUAUCAGUGUGCUGGCAAGAUUACGAGGAAAGAGUGAAGAUGCAGUACGGAUUGAGGCUGAUGAAAUAGAGGCGACUGUCCAAGAAGCUUAUAAUAAAGAAGCGACGAUAACGGACUUGUUCACGGUCAAGGCCAACUUCAAAGCACUUGUUUUCACGUGUUUGCUUGUUAUUUUUCAACAAAUGACUGGAAUUAAUGUCGUUCUUUUUUACUCGGAGAAUAUUUUUGCGAGCGCUGGAAAUUCUGGUAUCAGCUCUUCCAUCGAAACAAUUAUUGUCGGAAUAGUACAGCUGAUUGCUUCCUGUGUUACGCCUCUGGUUGUCGACCGACUGGGACGGAGGAUACUUUUAAUUAUCUCUGGUACAGGCACCGCUCUAAGUCUCGGAGUUCUUGGUCUCUUCUUUUACCUCAAAGAUGCAGCGAAGAGUGACGUUAGUAAUAUCGGCUGGUUACCGAUAGCUUCAUUGAUUAUCUUCAUAGCGACUUACAGUAUUGGUUGGGGUCCACUUCCUUGGGCAGUUAUGGGAGAAAUGUUUAGCACAGAAGUUAAAUCAAAAGCAUCUGGAAUAGUAGUUUUCGCUUGUUGGUUUUUAGCCUUUUUGAUAACUAAAUAUUUUAGUAACAUCGCCUUGGCAUUUGGUCAAUACACAGCCUUCUGGUUGUUUGGAGUUUUUUGCAUCUUAAGUGUUCUCUUUACUGUUUUUAUUUUACCAGAAACAAAAGGAAAAUCACUUCAAGAAAUUCAAAAUGAACUCAGUGGAUCUAGUCAUAAAUAAUUAAUUUUAUUUAAAUAAAUAUUUGUACACGAAAAAAAAAAAUAACUAUAUAUAUUGAGAAACUCACUUAUAGUUAAAACAUGAAUAAUUAUACACUGUAAAAAAAGCGGUGUUAAAAAUGGACUCAAUUUAACACGGCGCGUUGUUAAAAUGAAACAAUACCGGUGUAGACGGUGCAAUUUGGAGGUGUUAAAAUUUGAAGGUGUUAAAUCGGUGUAAAAAAAAAUUCUACGU